UUUUCGAACACGGACAUGGUGUUGAAAUUUGUGGACAUCCUGUUAUCUACUUCAAUGUUAAUUUAUCUGCUUGUUAUACUUGAACCAUUUGAAUUCGAUGAUCCUGUGUCAAUAAUGGCGGGUUAUCGUAGGGUGAAUCUCGUGACAACCAAUGAGACUAUGACCGGCAGCAGUAUAGCGAGCAACAUGAUUGGCGAGUCCAGCGACAACGCAGUCGACACUCUUCGAUCGACCACGCGACAAAAAGUUCGACGGGUUUACGGAGAACAGAAGAAUUAUCAAAAGAACGAGAAGACGCAUAGGGCAAGAAGCAGCGUCGUCAACAAUUACAGCAUCGUUGCCUCCAGAGGCGAGCUCUCUCGAAAUAACUACACCGUCGAUGCUACGUCAAAGGACGUUACGAAGAAACGAGCGUCUUUCCUCAACUCGAGUAAGAUCUAUGCGAAGGAAUCAAGUCCUCGUACAUCCGUCUUCUUCGCUAGAGAUUUAACAGGGAAAAAUUCCAAGGACAUCGAAAGGACUCAAAUCUCGAGCACAAGGCUAGCUCGAACUUACAACGGUAGUUCACGACUUUUGGCUAAGUCUGCCUCCGUCCCAGCGAUUCUUGACGAAGGUUUACGACGAAAAGAGAAAUCUUUUGUGAGAGACGAAAGAAAACACGAAGAGGGUAUACUGAAAAGAUCGUCAGCUUUUUUGGCAAGUUUAACUCAAGCGGGCCUUCGAUCAGCUGAGAAGAGGGACAACGUUGUCGAAGAUUCCUCCUGGUUUCCAGAAUCUUUGAGAUUGAAUGGAUAUAGAUCGAGUAGAUACUCUACUCUGAAAGGAUACUUUUCAAAUACAAACAGCGAGAACGAGCUUAGGCCAGUGUUAGGAAAAUCGAGUGGUUCUCAAAUUUUGUCAACUAGCUGGAAAAAGAACGUAGGGGUCAACGUGAAGAAAUCGGUGUCCUUCAGUUCGGACACUAGCUUCGAGGAGAAGCGAGCACCCUAUCGUAAGCCAACUGUUCACGAGGUCAAGGUCUACCACAAGGGCGUGCUUCAAGAUCGUGCCACUCGCGAAGACAAUUUCAAAGUAAAAGUGCCACCUUCGUGGGAAAUACCCUCGGAGGGCCCCAAAGCCCUCUUGAGGGCCGCUAUGGAAGCCGACGACACGAUUUUGAAAGAAGUCGUGAUGCGUGCUCGCAAGUCUGAUUUGUGCGAUGUCGAUGUUAAUAUGACUGACAGUAGCGGCAGGACGGCUAUAAGCUAUAUGGCUGGAAACGGUGCUGCAGCGAUGUUGGAGCUAGCACUGUCCUUCGAGGGUGCCGAUGUUAACCUUCCCGACAACGAAGGCAACACGCCGCUUCAUUUUGCGGCUCAAGCUGGUCAAACCGAGUGCCUGAACGUUCUUCUUCAAAGGUGUCCCGACAUCGAGGUCGAUGCAAGAAACACAUUAGGAUUCACGCCUCUUAUGAAGGCAGCCCUUCAAGGACGAACGAAAUGCGCUAAAAUAUUGCUCUUUGCAGGAGCAAACCCCACGUUGCGGGAUCAUGGAAGAGGAUUAAGAGCCGAACAAUGGGCAAGAUUUUGUGGGAGGUACGUUUGUGCCGAAGUAAUCGAAAGAUUUGCGAGACAUCGUUUGUUGGAGAGAACAACGUCGUGUCGUUGGGGAAGUGAACCAGAAUUAGCAGCAAAGGUUCUUCAGGGAAAGGUAACGCCUAUCCCAAUAACACCGUUACCAACCUCCUCGACAGGCUUGAAAUCCAGGAUUAGAAAAGUAUUUCGAACGAGUUCGGGUCCCGAUCGAAGUUCCUUUUCCUUGGUCUCGCAAUUGACGAGUGCAGCUCUCUGCGCGAGUAGUCCUGCGUUGCCAAAGAACGGUCAAGUGCCUCCAGUCGUCAAAAGUCUUUUAAGACCUCUCAGUGUACCUCAGUUAAGGAUCACCCUAGUUUCGCCGCAAGAUUUCAUUGAUAAAAAUGGCGAAAAGUGUGGGGGGGCCAGUUUCGCAGAAAGGAUUGAAAGUGCUAUUGUGAAACCGCCGAGAACGAAAAAGAAAAGCAAGUAAUUUAUUGAUAAUCCAUGGAAAAAUUCCGCUGACAAUGAAUGGAAAGAGAAAAUCGCACAUUUUGUGCUUACGUCGUAAAGCGCGACGAUAUUUUCGAGUUGAGUAGCUCGUAGGUAUGAUAGCUUUUUUUACCUCAAAAAUCACAGUUGUAUCGUCCACGAGAGAAUUUAUGGUGGAAAGUCGAAGAUCAAAAAGGAAAGUCCUUCAAACUCUACGAGGAUUCCAAAAGUGUAUCCACGUUUUACGAUCUACGAUUAAAAUAGUGUUUAUUGUUAUACGUGAAACGCCACAAUGCCGUGGUCAAAGUUUAGAAACAUUUUUCGAGCCGGUCGAAGGUUUAUAUUUUUAGAUCAUCAAUGUUCUUAACUGAUUGCUUCUAUGCGGUCAGGGGCACUCGAUGAAAAAUAUUGUUUUUUUCCGAUGGAUAAACUGGAUGCUGGAAUUACGUCGAUUAUCUUAAGUGCGAUAAUCGAGGAGUCACGUUGUCCUUAGACGUUUAAAUAUUUAUCCUGAGAGCAACGACGUCGAAGAAAGCCGCUUGGCGAUUUGCCCGAACGAGUGUUUACUCUUAAUGAAUGAUGUUAAACUUCAUUUAAGUACAUGUGGUAUGAAACUUUUGUAUGGACUAUUACGAUUAUCACACGAUUGUUUAAAUAAACGUCUCGUUUGACAUUGGAA